AUGAGAACCCAAACUGUAUUGGAGUCAGCUAACGUUGUUAUUGAUGAUGCUAAGGAUUUUUUUGAGUUUUCUACUGAGGAAGAAAUAGAUAGGUAUAUUGAUGAACCUUCUGAAAAUCAUGAAGAAGCUUAUGUCAGUGAUACUAUUGUUGCAACGUCUGGUCCAUCUGUUCCAACAGAUCACGAAUCUAAUGAAACAGAUUCUGGACGGAAAAGAAAUUUCCAGAUAUUAUUUCAGAUGAAAUCCAAAAGGAGCCAUCAACCAGAAGAAGGAACAAUGGUGAAAACUCGUGGAGAUUCCUCUAAGAAGACCCCUACUACUCAAUCCAGAAAGCUGCCCUCUCCAUCGCCUCCUCCAUCUGUGUCAACGGCGCCUCCACCUGCUCCAGCACCAGCAGCAUUUGUUGGAAAAACUCCCAAAUCCAAGGCGCGCAAGAAGUCCAAGAAAAACUCUGUGGCUCCAAAAAGAAAAUUGGGGUUGGACUCGUCUUCUUCCCCCUUGACUACUACCAAGAAAAGAUUGAAGGCUCAUCCCCUUUCUCCUUCUUCCUCUGAAUCUGAACUUGAGGAAGCAAAAUCCGAGUCUGAAGAAACCCAUGAUACCACCUUAUCUGAUGAAUUUGUUCAUGACAAUGCUGAAUUAGAGGCUGAGUCUAACGAGCCAGAACAAGAAGAUGUUGUCCCUACUGAACAAGAAGCCGAGUCUGACACAGAGACAGUAACAACCCCAUUGUCAUCCAAGGCUAAAGGCAAGAGACCUAUUUUUGAUUCUACACCAUCUCCAAGACUCUCAGGUGUUAUUUUCAAACCUCAUUCUUCUAUUUUGUGUUAUAAUGACAAUGCUCGUGAUAUGGUUCUCUAUGAUCAAAGGAAAUUUCUCAUUAAGAAAAAUUAUGUCUGGAGUGAUCAUCGUCCUUAUGGUGUGCUAACUAUGUUUCAAGAUCGAAAAUGGAUAGGUUCUUUGGUUAAAUUUACUGGUUUUGUGGAUAGAAUAGUCAAGGAAUUCUAUGCCAAUCUUACUAAUGAAAUUAUUGACCCUAAAUCUCCUUUGUAUUGUAAAGUGUAUGUUAGGGGCCAUUGGUGCUCUUUUUCUCCACAAGAUAUUGCACAAGCUUUGUAUCUUCCUCUUGAUGUUAAGGAUGAUGAUGAUCUUGCCUCUCUUAACAAGGAUGAGGUCAUCACUGAAUUAGUAGGGCAAAAAAUGGUAUGGCCACCUAAUACAGUCAUCUCGGUCACCAAUCUCACCUACACUUAUGCUGUUCUCCAUAAGUUUGCCACAAUGAAUUGGAAACCAACUUCUCACACUGUAACUAUCUCAUUUGACAUGACUUCCUUUUUGUACAAAGUGGGGACUGAAAUUGGUAUAGACUUGGCUAUGUUUAUCUAUGAUCAAAUCAUUGGAUUUCAAAAAGGCCAUAGGAGAAACUUGAAUCUUCCUUUUCCUCAAGUUAUUUAUAAAGUGUUGAGUAUGCAGAAAAAAGAUCUCAAGCGAGAUCAAGAAGAUUUGGUGGCUCCCACUAGUGUUGCUUCCUACAAAGCCUCUGCUCCAACUACUGAAGCCGCUGAUGCUCUAUCAACCAAGAAAGCCAAGCCUCAAUCUCUGAAGACAUUCCUUCUGAAUCCUCCUCUGUUCCCACAGAUUCAGGACCUGUUGCUACAGAACUAG